AUGGACGCCGCAGACCUCCGCCUCAUCGCCGACAAGAAGCACGACCUGCUCGAGGCGGCCCAGGAGGCGCGCAAGCUGGCCUAUGCCCCGUACAGCAAGUUCCGGGUAGGAGCGGCGCUGCUGCUCAAGUGGGGCGAAAUCAUCCUGGGCGCCAACAUGGAGAAUGCGUCCUACGGCGGCACCGUGUGCGCCGAGCGCACGGCCAUUGCCAAGGCCAUGAUGCGCUCCACGUCGCUCUCGGUCGACGAGGCCGCGUCCGGGCGCAAGGUCGAGGCGGGCGACAUUAUCGCCGUGGCGGUGGCGUCGGACCUCGAGGGGAGCUGCAGCCCGUGCGGCUUCUGCCGCCAGGUCAUCCGCGAGUUCUGCUCCGUCCACACUAGGGUGCUCAUGGUCGGCCGCAACUGGUCCAGGCAGAGCGCUCAGUCGGCCACGGGGACAGCGCCGUCGUCGCAGCAGCAGCAGCAGCAGCAGCAGCAGGUCGAGGACCGCCAGGGCAAGGAGUUUGACGAGGCCAACGUCGAGUGCGUGACGCUCGACUACCUGCUGCCCAUGAGCUUUGGGCCCGAAGACCUCGACAAGCCGAGGCACACCUGA